UCUCUCAUUCGAAGCACCCAGCAAGACGCGGACGGGUCCAGUGGGAGCAAGCAACUCCUCCACCCGUAUCGACGAGGAAGCAGCAGCCAUGUCGCGCGCAUCUCGACAGGACAUCUGGGAGCCGUCGCCUGCCGAGCUGCGCGACAUCAACCCAUACGAGGAGGCCCGCCUGUACACGACCAAUGCCGAGCGCGAGCGGUGGGAGGGCCUGGCGACGCUGUUUGGCAUCAUUGUCAGCCUCGAUGCCCUCGAGCGGGCCUAUGUGCGCGAGGCCGUCAGCGAGGCCCAGUACGAGCCGGCGUGCACCCGGCUGCUGGCGCAGUACAAGACGAUUGCCAAGCUCGUGGGCAUGGCGGGCGAGUUGGGGGGAGACGCAGGCCAGGCGAGGACGGCCUCGACGGCAACAACAGCAGCAGCAGCGGCGGCGGUGAACAUGCCGACGACGACGACCAGGGAUGGCCUGCCGACAUUCAGAGAUGUCUCGGACUUCAUCAAGACGUAUCAUAUGGACCACCAAGCUGCCGCGUACCGUCUGCGCGUGGGUGUGCCUGCUACCGUCGAGCAUGCCUCGUCGCAGUCGACGCAGUCGUCGAGCGAGCGCGCCAAAUGGGUGGCUGAGACCACGCAGGGCUUCAUCACCUUCAUGGACGCCCUCAAGCUCAAGCUCCGCGCAAAGGAUCAGCUUCACCCGCUCCUCAGCGACCUCAUGAGCUCGUACAGCCGCUUUGCGCCGACGACUUCUGCCGCGGGCGGGUCCAACGGAGCGGCGGGUGAUGCGAUGGGCGAGGGGAGGGCAAAGGUCCUGCAUUGGCUCAUCACUCUGAACCAGAUGAAGGCCAGCGAUGAGGUCGACGAUGACCAAGCGAGACAGAUGCUCUUCGACGUCGAGGGCGCAUACAGCGCCUGGUUCCGAUCCCUGCAGGCAUGAGCACCUAGCAGCAGCAGUGUGGCACCCGCGUCCAUCCCACCCAUGUACAGUACCAAUACAAUAUUGCAUUUGCAUCCACAUCUCUCUAUGCAAGUGUUCCUAACCUGCCCUGGCCAGUGACCAGAGAGGUGCUGCACCCGCCCCUCGUUGGACGUGGUUACAGAAGGACUCGAAGGCCCUCUCUUCAGACGAGACGACC